GCCACAGUAGCCGACAAACGUGAAUGCCGUCAUUUUACGACGAGAACUCGAACGCAUCGGUCGCGUGCUGUGGUUUCGUGCCGUCAAUCGGAAUGCUUGUGUUUGUAUUUUGCUAUUUGUAGCGAAAAUAAGGAAAGAGGAAAAAAUUCCAAUAAGGUGUUGCUCUGGUGGAAUUGUGCAAAAGAAUUUGGAUCGUUGAGUGCUCUUGUUUCUGUGUUCGAGUUCGGUUAAUUUUCCACGAGGAAUGAAUGAUCAUGAUGAAUUGAAUGGCCAAGGCUUCUGUCAAGGGCUGCAACGCCUUCUCUGGGAUUAGCUAGCCUAGCUAAGCAUAUUUAGUAGUUGAUGUUUCGAGAGAUUUCGAAAAUCAAUCGGUGUUGCUUUUUUCGUAGAGUGCAAUGUGAUGCUUCAAUACGUAAAUAGUGCCGUUAAUUUAGUAUGCAUAUGUGGAGAAGAUAGUGGAAAAGCAGCAAUCAUCGGCAAGCUCAGGCUAACACGAAAAUUGUAAGCAAAAGCAGAAGAAUGACAUGAAAAAGGCCCCCCUGUUGUGUUGUUGUGUUUGUGUGUGGUUUCGAGUGUUUGUAAUGUGCAAAAAUUCGUACUGAAAAAAUGUGAUCAGAAAGAAGGCUUUAGGUGCAGAGAAGAAAAGUGCUAAUUAUUGUUGGUACUUGUGUGUGGAUGAAACUACGGUGCAGCAGUCUUCUUCGCUUCGCUUAUACGCAAACCAGAAAUACCCCAAAACCAGAAUACGCCUCACAUACAGCGGAAAGUAGGCGCUUCUGGAUUGCCUUAACAAUAUUUACGCUCUGCGCUACGAUGGCACCUGGUUACUGUUACUACGGUUACGACUGUCACUGACCCAGCUGUGGAAUUAUUUCGCGUGUAAACAGAGCUGCUGUGGCUGAGGUUUACCUUUUCCUUCUACAACAACUGACCGUGUGAUUUUUUUCCGCUACUACAAUGGCAUCCAUAAAGGUUGUGGUCCGUGUGAGGCCCUUCAAUCAAAGGGAAAAUGAACUCGGCUCGAAGCUCAUCGUCCAGAUGGACGGGAAGAAAACCCGUCUGCUCAAACCAAAACCCGGUGCUGCGGGCGGUGGAGCGGCAGGAGCCCGGGGCGAUCUGCUGGUACGCGGCGGACCGGAGCCAUUCAAUGAUUUCACAUUCGACCACUCGUACUGGUCGGUGAACGAAGCCGACACCCAUUUCACCCCCCAGGAGAAGGUCUUCGAGGAUCUCGGCACGGAGAUUGUGGACUGUGCGUUUCAAGGUUACAAUGCAUGCGUGUUCGCGUACGGCCAAACCGGAAGUGGCAAAACAUUCACCAUGAUGGGCACUGCGGAAGCUCAAGGUUUGAUCCCACGCAUAUGCCGGUCACUGUUCGGCCGGAUGAAGCUCGGCCAGGACGAUGGGGUCGGCUACAAGACACAGUGCUCAUACCUGGAAAUCUACAACGAACGAGUGAAGGACUUGCUCGGUCCGGCAAGCGCCGGUCACGGGCUGAGGGUACGCGAGCAUCGGGCACUGGGACCGUAUGUGGAGAAUCUGUCCCAGCACCCGGUGUCGGACUACUCGGAAAUACAGAACUGUAUGGUCCAGGGGAACAUCCAACGGACAACGGCCAGUACCAAUAUGAACGACACGAGCAGUCGGAGUCAUGCGAUCUUUACGAUUACAUUCGUCCAGGCGAGAUACUUGAACGAUAUGCCGAGUGAAACGGUUUCUAAGAUUCAUCUGGUCGAUUUGGCUGGUAGUGAAAGAGCGAAUGCAACCGGAGCUACCGGGCAGCGAUUGAAGGAGGGCGCACAUAUCAAUAAAUCUCUCGUUACCUUGGGAAGUGUUAUAUCUGCCCUGGCGGAACAAACAAAUCCCACCCACAACAAGCGUGUUCUUUACAUACCUUAUCGAGAUUCCAUCCUCACCUGGCUGCUCAAGGACAGUUUAGGCGGAAACAGCAAGACCAUUAUGAUCGCAGCAAUUUCCCCCGCCGAUGUCAAUUACAGUGAAACGCUAAGUACACUUCGGUACGCCAACCGAGCCAAGAACAUCAUCAACAAGCCGACGAUCAAUGAGGAUCCGAACGUGAAACUUAUCCGGGAGCUUCGCGAGGAAAUCUACAAGCUGAAGAUGAUGCUCUCGAGCGAUGCACCUCUGGAGGAACCCUCGCUCAAAGUGUUGGAAGAUUUGCACAAAAAGGAAGCCCAAGAGAAGGUGCUCACGGAGGAGUGGACGGAGAAGUGGCGCGAGGCGCAAUCUAUUCUGCGCGAGCAGAAAUCACUUGGUCUGAGAAAGUCUGGCGUUGGAGUUGUGCUGGACUCAGAGAUACCCCAUUUGAUUGGUAUCCAUGAUGAUAUCAGCACGGGGGUUACCCUGUACAGCUUGAAGGAUGGUGAAACUACAAUCGGUACCGAGGAGGCAUCCUGCCCACAGGAUAUCGUCCUACACGGCAUUGGGAUCCAUCCGGAGCAUUGCCGAAUUGUGGUGGAUAACGGCAACGCCACUAUCUAUCCUAAUCCGUCGGCAACAUGCUUGCUCAAUGCGAACCUCAUCGAAGCCCCAAUGGCAAUCAGUCAGGGCGAUAUUCUUCUGUUGGGGCGGACAAAUAUGUUCCGUUACAACAAUCCUGCCGAGGCGGCAAAGAUGCGUUUGGACAGUAAUCACGCCCAGCGCUCGUCACGAUUAGAUCUGUCGCGGCUCUCGCUGAUAGCCGCUUCGCGGGAGAAUCUCUGUAGCAGUUUUAUGAGCGAUGAUGAUAACAUAGGCUCUCCGCAGAAUCCCCUUCGUUUUCGACAGUAUACCCCCAGCAAGGAGGACACUGAGCUGCAGGACGAACAUCGUAAAAUUCUGCAAACAAUCGAGAAUGCGCUGAAGCAACUGAAUCUCGAGCGGGGUCGAAUGCACGAACAGUUUAAGAAUAAAAUCAAAUUGUGUCGCGAGGAGUUAGAGCGGUUGGAGAGUACAAAGCGUGAUAAACUUAUGAUUUUGGAUUGCCGUAUCGAUGAGCUGAUGGCCCAGCGCGAGAUGAUACUCUGGGAAAAGAGUAACGAAAAGACACAGGUGGACAUUUUAGUUAGACAGCUAUCGGCACUGCAAACGCAGCUAGACACGAAGAAGCGUGAUUUCUACGAAUACGUCGCUAAAGAGCUUCAGGAGCUACAGGAUUGUGGCAAGCUGGACGAGAUCAGUGUCGAAUUGAUACAGAACACACCCCACUCGGAGGACUACUCGGAAGUGCUGCUCACAAUCUCCACAUCGUUGGACAACUAUUCCGCACAAUACAUCCGGGAGUACAUCAGGAAAAAUCGCGAGGAAAUUAGCAAGUACGAGGGUGAGUUACGCGAAAAGGAAUCAUUGCUGGAGGAAAGUAAUCGAAAGAUUGCCGAGCUGGAUCAGAAAAUAGAGGAGCUGGGACUCCAGAAUCAGGAGCUUCUCCGACAACGCAAUCAGCUCGAAAUGGAGGACAUCCAGAGGAAGAAACAAUCCAUGACGCUCAACUUAUCCAAAUCUGGUCAAAAUAACACCGAUAACACAGAGCACCCUUCGGUUCAACACGUCGACGGGGGAGCUGAUGAGGACAGCACGGCAACCGUUCUGGAAACCUGUGAUACGUUCCACACGGCCACCUCGGACUGUUCGUUUGUGUCCGCACUGAACACACCCGCUAUCGAAGCGCUCAAUCAGUUGAUCCCUACACCGAGCUCGACGGAGGGCACCGAAUCGGGGGCGGAUCGCGAAUCGGAUUACGAGGAAGCUGCGCACGGGCAGGGGAUGAGCGACAGCGGGGUUAGCUUCGAGACGAACAAGGUCGGUGAGAACAAUGCGAAGCUCACCGGUGGGAAGUUGUUGUUUCAGUCGGAUGAUCAUUGCCUGCUGCUGACUGGAUCUACGCCCAACUCGAAGUACAACAAUAAAACGUUGAUUGUGAAGGGGAAUAACAUCGAGAUAAGCCGGGGUCCACCGUCCAGAUCCGCUGGUGGGGAUGGUAAAAGACGGGGAUCUAGUGAUGAAUCGGAUGAAAAUUCGGACCAUGGAAGGGGUGGGAGCGGACCUUUGCGAAGUCAACUGGUUAGGUUGAAUGGGGGUAACAAAACCAGCGUGCGAACGGAGAUUUACGACAUUCGUCACGGGAUUCAUCCACUACGGGCUAGCAGUCGAUCUGGGGACGAUGACGAUGAGGACGAUGAACGACAUUCGCACACUUCGUCCAUCGAUAAUAAUUCGAUGACCUCCUCCACGGCGAAUCUUAUCCUGUACGAGAUGAACGUGCUGAGAGAAAGUAUUGCGACGAAAAAGGCCGAGAUCAUGAAGAUUCUCGAAACCAAUGAAGACAAAUCGCAGCUGGAUAGCAAAAUUAGUGAGCUGCAGGAGCUACAAAAGAGGAUAAUGCAGCUGGAGAUCAAAGUACAGGACGUGGAAAAAAAUUGCCAAUCGGAUGGCGAGGGUGGAAUCGAUUCCAUCCGGGAUUUGCCGGGAAGCUUCACGGAUAGCGACGACAGUCGGAUCAAUUCCUGCAUCUAUCAGGACUAUUUGAGGCAUCGGAAUCAAGAGAACAUCUACGCGCCGAGUUUGACCCGUUCGUUGCCUUCAAUCGAGGGCUCAUAUCGUUCGGAACAUUUGAUCAAUAUUCCUACGUACAUCAUUCGGGGGGCCGGCAAGCAGACCCACUACGAGUACGAGGUGAAAAUAAAUUUGCCCGACGAGAGAUGGGCCUUGCUGAGGAGGUACAGCCGUUUCCGGGAGUUGCACCUUCAGAUGAAGAAGCUGUAUGGCGACAAGGUUUCAUCCAUUCCCUUCCCCCGGCGGGAGCUGUUCGCUUCGAACACGGAAACGGUGGCGAAGAGCCGACGGCGUCAGCUUGAAACGUACCUCCGCCGGUUGCUUGUGGUCUGUUCCAAAAUACCGCACAGUCCUAUCUACGAGGGUGAAGGGCGGCCCGGACUAACCAAAGCAUCCCUGAUCGAGCUGCACUCGGCCUUCUUUAAGAAGGGUCUUUUCGAAACGGGAAAGCAUGGGACGGGUUAGUGAGAAAAAGGGAAACAGUUCCAAGAUAUCGGUAAGUUCGAUUUCAGUGUUGGUUCCUGAAACGUGCUCGCAACUCCGAGGCGCCGGAGAUCGGUAAGGCUGAUUUUAUUUUAUUUUGCAAUAAGCAACAGAAUUUACAUUUUGCAACCACAGUGUUUGAUUUUAUUUAUUUCAUCAACCAAAACAAAGUUAUAAUUACGAUUGGUACAAAGCAGUGAAAGAGGAAAGGAGUCAGGAAUUAUGACGACAAUAACACGGGAUGAGUACCGUCUUUGCAAAUCUAUUUGCGCAAAAUGAUACAUUUUAGGGGUGAAGAAAUAAGCAGUAGUAGCAAUCUCUUGUUCAGCUGGACAGAGAUGAUGCAACAGUUUCCACUUUCCAUAAUUAAUAGUAGCUUGAUCCAGUUUUGGGACCGAAUCAAAACCGCGAUUCCAAGAAUACUUACAACUCAGUUAGACUGAACACAGUAGAAGCUUAGAGAGGUAAUGAAAUGAUUUCUUGAAACACUUUGUAAUAACAGAUUAUAUUUAUAGACGAAGAUUAAAAUUUUCAUAUAUACAUUUUUUUUCGUUGGAGUGCUUUAAUUAAGUCAUCCUCCUAACAUCGAUCCCUACAUUGAGCCUUAUAAUAUGAAUAGUUUUUGUCAUAAUUUUUGGAGGUUUCCUUUUUCAAAAACAAAAAAAAAACAACCAACUGUGAUUUAUCAUCCCCUUUAUGAUGAGAGAACGACAUCAAAACAUAAAAACAACAAAAGAUUCAUGUAAAAGUGUAGGUUAGUUUAAAAUUGUAGUCUGACGGACAUUAAUACAGUUAUCUUUGUUAAUCGGUGAGAUAGAAAAAUAAUAUAUAGAGAGAAUUGGAAAAACCGAGCUUUUUGUCAGACUCUAGGUGAUUCUGAUGUUUGCGUUUGUAAGUAGAUUCUAAGUGUUAAUAAGCAAAACCGGUUCAAUAAUAGCCAGCGAAAAGGUACUAAACAGUGUAGAUCAGUGUAUGUAUCGUUGUCUGGGUUGUCUAGCUAGAGACGAGCAACCAAAACGGGACAAUAGCGCAACUUGAUGUUGAAAACAUAUUAUUCCAGUUCGAGACAAAAGAAUCGGAAAUACAAAUACACAACUGAAAUAUUUCACAUUGCUGGAAGCGUAUCGAUCUGACUAAAUAAAUAGUGCGAUAAUAAAGGAGCAAAAGAA